CGGGGUAGCCCGCAUCUCAAAGCGCUUUGUUACAGAUGUCGCGUCGGGGUAGCACACUGUGCAGUCUGUCCACGAUGUCUACAGAGAAGCUGAUCGAACUGGUGUACAGACAUCCUGAACUAUACGACAAGAAUCACAUAGAUUUUAGGAAACUGCAGAAGAAGCAACAACUUUGGAAGACAGUCGCCCGUCAGCUGGGAAGUCGGAAUGGUGACCAGAUGAAACGAAAAUGGAAAAAUCUUCGUGAUACCUACGCAAGAUAUUUGAGGAUCAGCUCAGAAGAGGGUUCUAGCACUAAACGGUGGAUAUGGUCUGAAAAAAUGGAGAUUUUUCGCCCCUUUGUGCCUCUCGGGUCAAGUUCUGCAGAAGUGACUGGCCCCGAACCUGGGAGUCCGUCCCCUGAAACGGGAGCAGAAUCGGAAGACAGUGCACACGAGGAGGAAGAGGCGGCUGCACAGGAGUCGGAGCUAAGAUCUGGGUGCCCCCCGACACACCCACAACACGAAAUGAUCACAUGCGAUUUGGACGUCGGCACUGAAGCACCUACUGUACCUAAACCGGAAACAGACAGGUUAUCUUUCCAGGAGCAACUGCCAGCAUCGACUGAAGAAGUUUGUGUGCCACCUGGUGCCAAGAUGAGGGCUGCGACGGCUCCCACAGAACCGCAGGCUCCCGUCAUCACUUAUUUAGAAAGCAGAGCGGGUACUGAUGAAAUAGACAGUUUGUUUCUGGCAUACGCCACGACAGUGAAAAAGUUCUCCCCUAGGAGGCAGGUCAUGACUAAACUAAAAUUGGCACAGCUCAUAGCUGAGGAAGAACUCGCACACUUGGAUGAAACUGAUCUAUUGGCGACACAAACUUUUAACCACUCCACACUACCGUAAAGCACCUGUCAAUUGAUGUUGCGUAUUAUUGUAGAGGUUCUGACAGGCCUCGUUCUUCUCCCUUCGAACUGUUUAAUUCCAGAUAAACCUGAAAACAAGCACUUACAGUUUUACUUGCCCGUUGCAUAAUAGCUGGGACUUAAAUGCUCAACACUGUUUGUAAAUGAACUGUUAACACUUCCUGUGGUUUAUUAUCCGUAUCAUAUUCCUCCACUUGUAUAUAAAAAGUUACACUGAUGCCAACUUCAGCAGUGUCACUAAGUUGACUAUAUAUAUAUGAGUAAAAGUCACACAUCUGCCCCUCAGAUUGUAGAAUCUAUUUACUGCAUCACAUGCUAUUCAGAAAGAUGGCAUUCUUGGACAUUGGAGUACCUUACAAUUUACUAAUUUUACAUAUAUUUUUACAACAAUGAGUUUUUUUGCAAAAUUUGAUGUAUUACAAUUACAGAUUUGCGUAGUCUUAUUUAUGUAAUUAUCACAAAAAUACAGUUAUAAAUCAAUUGUUCUGGUUCAACUUCAGCUGAAGUUCUGCUAACUUUUUAAAGUGAAAUUAAUAACAUUUUAAUUAUUUUGUAUUAAGGACAUUAAAUAGUUUUGUUUUGAAAAUAUUAAGUUGAGAGUAGAUAGACCCUAAAUAAUAAUUAUCAAUGUACCUUAAUACAGAAUUUAUUAUGGUGGUGUUUUACAUCAAAUGGCCAAAAUAUGAAGUUCCAAACAAUGUAGGAAAAUGACUGUGAUGAACAAAUUUUCAGGUAGUAGGUGGUAUUGAACACAUGAAGGCAGAAAAGGUAAUAAUUAUUAUUACAUAGUGUAUAUAAUGGCUUUUAAAUUUGCUGGAAAAUACAUAUAAAAUUUCUGUACUGCGUAACUUGAAAAAUUGUUCGCUUAUUUGUAAAGCAUACUCGUGUAGCACUACACAAGAAGUACAUGGAAAGAAACAAGACAUGAAUACAAAUAACACAUUAAACAAACAAACAAUUGUUAUAUGCUAAUGUCAAGUCUCGUUAUUGAACCAGAGCUUGAUGGAUGGAUGGUGAUGUCUCUGUAGAGCAUCAAUAAGAUGUCACACUUGAAAUGAAACAUUCGUAGCCCAGGUUUCACACCGUUCACACCGUUUGCUAUCAGUUGUGAAGUUGCUAUCAGCUCACUGUUGGGCCAAUCUCGAAGGUGCAUUUCUGGAUCAAAGUUGAUUUGUUAUCAACCUGGGUAUAUCUUCAUGGCUGGGAAAUUGAUGCAUUAUUUUGUGAUAAGGACUGUGUACUGCAGUGUUGGAAGCUAUUACAGUGGAGUAGUUCUUAUACAAUACCCAGAAAUGAUUCUCAUAGUUAUAAUGAGCUGAAUGUCUAUCUUAUUUACACAAGAGUUAUUCAGCUACACCAGAGCACAUUAUUCAGCCAUGGAAGCACAGAAGCUCAAAGUGUAUCUGCCGGUGCUCUCCAGUUAGUACUGUGGAGUUUUUAAAUAAGGUUGUUUCAUGUGUUAAUUUUCCAAUAAGUGUCAUCCACAUAAUUUCUAAAAGGUAGUGUCAUAUCAAGAGUAAUUGAAAGAUAAUUUGAGUGACUGUCAGGAAAGCACAGUGCUGUAUAUAUAUACCUCCAGUUACUAACCCUCUUUUAACACACUUGUGUAAAUUUGCCAGAUUGUAGAACAAAAAAAUUUCUGUUACUAAUUUGUC